UUUUUGAAUUCCUUGCCGGCAGGACCCAAACAGGGCGACGAGAGCAUUGUCAGUCGCGAGGGCAGCAGCUCCCCCGCCUGGCCGCGCGGGCAAAAGAAAGCAGCCAUUGGCUUUGCGUGAGGCGCUGUCGCUAGGGAGGCAGCUCGGCGAGGCGGCUUCCGCUGGAGCUCUUCUCUCGCUGUAACCAAGGCGCGAGGGUCUGCUCCACAGAGGCACCGGGUUGCUUUCCCGACCUCUUCCCUCCAUGCACCAGGCGUUCAGCCAGCCCGAGCACCCCCGUCUCGACCGCCAUGGAGAGGCACAGCUCGGCGGCUUCCCGCCUCGCAGCCCGGGCUCUGCUCUAACGCGUGGGCGGGCUUCCACGUCUCCGAGUUAGAGCCGUUCUUCGGACCUCCGGAUUCCCCUCCCUCCCUCCGUCUCCGCCCUGCCUGCCUGCCUGCCCCCAUCCCCCCGUUUGCUGGGAAAGGGGCCGCGCCGAAGAAGCCCGGCAACACCUGUCCCUGCCUCGCUCCGGCUGUUCAUCUGAUGGCGUCUCACCAGCAAAGCAGGAUUCAAGCCUACCUGGAGAAGAACAAGAUCGGGCCCCUGUUCGAGGAACUGAUGACCAAACUGAUAACAGAGACUCCUGACCAUCCAAUACCAUUUCUUAUUGACCAUCUCCAAUCCAAACAUGGGAGUCGUAGCCAGCUUCAGAGGACAUUGUCUGGAUCUGCUGCUCUUUGGGCAGAAAGUGAAACUUCAGAAAACAAGGGAACAAGAAGAGAUUUCAGAAGUUAUGAUAAACCCUGGCAGACAAAUGCAAAAAAGCCUAAAAAAUCCAAGAGUGAUCUUGCUGUAUCGAAUAUUUCUCCUCCCUCACCAGAGUCCAAAUCAUUGCCAAGGUCAAUAGAACAUCCUAAAUGGGACUGGAGAACAAAAUCAGAGAGUCAUGAUUUUGAUGAAUUAAAUCAUAUCCUUCAAGAAAGUAAGAAGCUGGGUAAAGCCCUGGAGAAUCUUUCUCGAAGCAUUGCAAUUUCUGAUGAACUAGACAAGGAUGUAGCUGCAUUUAAUGCUCCUCUUCUACGACCCCGUGUUGUUGGAGAAUGGGUUGGCCGUGAAGAGAAUGAUGUAGAUCCAUUGGCUGCUGAAAUGUUGCAACCUCCAAUACCAAGAAGCAAAAUGGAGCAAUGGGAUAGUGAAGAUAGUAGCAGUCCUGGUGGAAGUUUAAAGAUGGAACCAAAGACCAAAGGAUUGAAACAUCACCAGCAGCAACAUAAGAAACUAUUGGCUGCUAUGCUUUCCCAGGAUUCAUUUGAUUCUGUACAGAGCACAGCACCAUCAGUAACAGAGGAAGAUAUUGACAAUGAAGAUGAUGCAAUGGAACUCCUGGAGGACCUUGAUGAUUUAAGAAUGGAAGGGGUAACCAGUGUAAUUUCUUCAGGGAGCAAGUUUAACCAGACUCGAGGUACACAUACUGCUGAGCCACAAGCAAAGGUCACACUGAACAUCUGUGCAAGGUGUGCCAGGCUACAAGGAGAUAACUUGCCAGGAAGAACAGAAGACGUAUCCGUUGCCUCUCAGACUUUUGAACAAGAAGUAGCAGAAUCUGUUGCAUCUGUGCCUGGAACAGAAAUCUUAAUGGAGAGCACUGAUGAACUGGAAAAUGUCUCCCAAACAACAGAGCAGAACCAACCAGUUUGGGAUGUAGAAAUUAUGAGUUCCAGAAGUGGAGAUACCCCAAGCCAGAAACUAUUAAAAGAUUCUUUGGCUGCAAAAGAACUGCAGACCAUGGAGAAACACCUUGCUGACAUUGCAAAGGACCUAGCACUGUGGGAAGAAGGAAGAUUAUCAAGAAGUACCAGUAGUCCACAAACUAAUUUAGUUGCACUAGAUCACCAAGGAAAUUUUAAAGUUACACCAAACCAGGAUUCUGAACCGCAAGUGCCAGCUCAUACUGGGAAAGAUAUUCAAUUCCAGCUUCAAAGAAACAAAUCACCACCAUUAUCCAGUAACAAUAGACUGCAGGUCUCCAAUGUCACAAACAGUAGGCCUCAAUCUCCUAGUGCACAGACUGACAGACCUUCAUUGCUGCCAGCUCCAGCAAACAGGUCUGCAACCCUAAAUACUUUGUUACAAAGACCUCUAUCUCCUAGCAACCAAGGAAAUAAGGAAGGAAUCAUUAGUAUGCAAAGAAGCCAGUCUUUAAUAUCAAAGAACCAACUUGGGAGGACCAUCAGCACUCCCUCGGGGCUCCUGCUUGAAACAAGUGGAGACACUCUAGGAAAUGUCACUCAAAGAAGCAGUUUAUCUGAAGAUGAAUUUUUACACCAACUUCAACUUGUCCACCAGCCAUGGAUUUUGCCAAGUGAUACUGAAAGUGAAGGAGUAGCAGCAGAUCAAGAUAAACGGUUGUGAAUGAAAUCAAUGGAAGAUAUCAAGAAUGGAUUCCAUAAAUACAUAACCUGCAAGUGAAGAGUGCUUUUCACUCAUUAUAUAUAACAAAAGCUUAUUUUUAUAAAUUGAAUACAACUUAGAUGGAAUUACUGUAAUGUGUGGAUGCUGAACUGCUAAAAAUGCACUGAACCUCACAUCUUACUGUGGUACAGUGGCCUUAGGUGAAGGUAGUCACUUUUUAAUAUAUAGUCCGUAAUAUAAUGUAUUUUGUUUAACUUCUACCCCUGUUAUUUUGGAUUGACAUUUGAUACAUUAAACUUUGCUUGGUGAAAAGAAAGUUUCCUCAAAAAAUUUAUGCAUUUUAACUGGGCUAAGGUUUUUUACUCCUUAUAUUUUUCUAAAGUUGCCUCAUUUUUGGAUCAAUAAAUGUUAACAUGUUUAGCCAUGUCUGCCAGUAUGUAUGCAUAACAAUCAGUGAACACAAAACUGGCUGUUCAUUUAUAAUUAUAAAAAUUGGCUGAGACAAUAGAAAGAAAAGAGUGAUGUGUGGUCACACAAGUAUAAUUAACAAUAAUUAGCACAUUAUUAAGUUCUAAUUAAGUCUUACAAAAUAGACUGAUAAAAUAUAAUGUGGAAUGCAGCAUGCAUAAACAAAAUGUACUAAUUUCAUAUAAUAUUAUUUACCCAUAUCCUAAAUGGCUUAUUAAGCAAUUGACAAUUUAUUAUAUAUAUGUUGAUGUGUUUGAAACAAAUUGACUGCUCUAUUCUGUGAGUGUGGAAUUUAUGCAGAGAUAUCCCAUGAAGAAACUACUGGAAUUUACUGCAUCUGCAGUAUUGAUUUAACUAUUUAUUUUGUUAAGCAUGGGUUUGGUUUAGUGCCUUUUUUUCUCUUUGAUAUCCAUUUCUCAGCCAUAACUGCAUAAUAAAAUUGCCUGCUACCAUUAUGAUAAAUAUACAUUGCCAGUUACUGAAGAAAUAAAAAUUAACUUCCUAUCAUA